AUGGCAAGACAGGAAAUAAAGGUGGUCUUCAAUGAGCAACAAAUUAGGAAUAAUCCCAACCCAACCUAUUUAGGAAUAACAUUGGACAGAACGCUGACAUACAGAGAACAUCUAACCAAGGUGGCAGCAAAGAUUAAAAUUCGAAACAAUAUAAUAAAUAAGCUGGCCCAAACUACCUGGGGUUCAGAUGCGAACACGAUUAGGAUAUCUGCACUCGCCCUCACCUACUCGGUAGCCGAGUACUGUGCACCAGUAUGGCUUAACAGCUCACAUACAAGUAAAAUAGACACCCAAUUAAACGCAACGAUGAGGACAAUUUCCGGAGCAAUUAAGUCAACACCAGCCUCUUGGCUACCAGUAUUGAGCAAUAUAGCGCCACCUCACCUCCGAAGAUACUAUUCCCUAGUUCGAGAAUAUAACAACCAUGCCUUAAAUCGAAGUCUACCCAUACACAAGUAUAUUAAUAAUAAUCUCAGCCAAAGAUCAAAAUCUCGUAAGCCUCCUUGGAAGCUGGCACAAAAAUUAAUUAAUUAUAACCUUAACUCUAAAUGGACUGAAGAAUGGAGACUAAAUAAUCCCGACAAAUUUAAUCUCAUAGAACAACCUACAGAAAGGGUUCCGGGGUUCCAACUACCCCGGAAGGAAUGGGUGACCCUAAAUAGACUUAGAACUGGCCACGGAAAAACAGGAAAUAUGCUCCAUAAAUGGGGACUUCGGGACACACCACAAUGCGACUGCGGACAUGAAACUCAGACAGCCAAUCACAUCGUGGAAGAAUGCCCAAUACGCAGCAUACGAGGCGGAAUGAAACACCUCCAUAAGGCCACAACAGCAGCAACAAACUGGCUGACCAAUCUGGACAUUGUAAACACUAUCCCGACUUAUAUUUUAUAUUCUAUCUACUUGACUAAUUAUUAA